AUGGGAUCUCUUCGACAACGACGAUUCCGUUUCUUUUUCUCGUUCAUUGUAGUAAUUCCCGAUAUUCCAGUUAAUGCCCGAUGGAAACAGAAUGGAGUGACUGUUGCUGGAGGCAAUAGAGAAGGCGGUGCCACCAAUCAACUCUCGGGUCCUUGUGGUCUCUUCGUUGAUGAUGAUCAAACGAUGGUCACUGCUGACUACUACAAUCAUCGCAUCAUCCAAUGGAAGAUGGGUGAAACGAAUGGACAAGUAGUAGCUGGUGGCAAUGGCAGAGGAAAUCGAUUGAAUCAAUUAUAUCGACCAUCGGAUGUGUUGAUUGACAAAGAGACGGAUAGUCUCAUUAUUUGUGAUGAAGGGAAUCGACGAGUCGUUCGAUGGUCUCGUCGUAGUGGUACAACUCAAGGAGAAAUCCUCAUCGACAACAUCUCGUGUUGGAAAUUGGCCAUGGUUGAUCAGAGAUAUCUCUACAUCUCUGACAUCGAAAAACAUGAAGUAAGACGAUAUCAAAUAGAAGACAAGAAUGGAACUCUAGUGGCUGGUGGCAAUGGUAAAGGCGCCGAUCUCAAUCAACUCAACGGGCCGACCUACAUCUUUGUCGAUCAACAACAGACUGUCUACGUGUCAGACAACAACAAUCAUCGUGUGGUGAAAUGGAAUAAAGAUGCAAAAGAAGGAAUUGUUGUCGCUGGGGGUCAAGGGAAUGCUCUGACACAAUUGUCGCAUCCUCAAGGACUGUUUGUCGAUACAUUGGGUACCAUCUAUGUGGCAGACUCGUCGAAUAAUCGAGUGAUGCGUUGGCCUAAAGGAGCGAAAGAGGGCACUGUCAUUGUGGGUGGAAAUGGUAAAGGAGAAGGAGCAAAUCAGUUCAGCUAUCCCGUUGGUUUGUCCUUCGAUCGUCAUGGCAAUCUCUAUGUCGUCGAUUCUGACAAUCAUCGUGUUCAACGAUUUUCAAUCGAAUAA